AAGUCUUCACUUUUUAUUGUUUAAAUUAAAUGCAUGUGUCAAAGUGAAGGCGCAGAUCAUCAUCCCAUUCGCAAAACCCGCAUUUAGAAAGGUUUGAUAUGAAUUUGAAAUCUAUAAAAGACCGCUAUCUGCCGAGGCUUUCCCCAAUCAAGUUCAACUUACUUGUUCUUUUCGGCUUCGUUUGUUGGGCAAUAAUCUUUCAUUCUUUUCUUCCCAAGAUCAAUAUCAACCGUAACAUGUCUUCAAGUAGUGAUCAAUCCUCUGUUCUUAGUAAACCUAGAUCGGUUGUGAAGAGGGUCAUUCCCAAUGCUCAAAAUGAAGGAGAUGGAGCUAUUGUUAGAAGAAGCAUUGGAAGUAUGCAAUUGAAUCGUUUGGAUCCAUUCCUCUUGUUAGAUGAGUUCGCUGUUUCCCCUCCUGCUGGAUUCCCUGAUCAUCCUCAUAGAGGUUUUGAGACUGUCACUUACAUGUUCGAGGGAGCUUUCACUCAUCAAGAUUUUGCUGGAAACAAGGGCACAAUCAGACCUGGUGACGUACAGUGGAUGACUGCUGGUCGGGGUAUAGUUCACUCAGAAAUGCCUGCAGGGGAUGGGGUCAGCAAAGGAUUGCAGCUUUGGAUCAAUUUGUCAUCUGAAGACAAAAUGAUUGAGCCCAGAUACCAAGACUUGCUCAAGGAAGAUAUCAAGAGAGCAGAGACAGAUGGGGUUGAGGUCAGAAUCAUAGCAGGAGAAAGCAUGGGCGUCAAGUCUCCAGUAUUCACAAGGACACCAGCAAUGUACCUUGAUUUCACGCUGAAACCUGGAUCCGAAUGGCAUCAAAGCAUCCCAGAGUCAUGGAAUGCCUUUGUAUAUAUGAUUGAAGGAGAGGGUGUGUUUGGAUCCUCAGAUGCAUCACCAGCAGAGGCUCAUAACCUUUUGGUCUUGGGCUCAGGGGAUGGGCUGAAAGUGUGGAACAAGUCAAGCCAGCCACUCAGGAAUGAACCCAUUGCUCAAUAUGGACCCUUUGUGAUGAACACUAAAGCUGAGAUCCAGAAGACCUUUGAGGACUAUCACUACCAUAAGAAUGGCUUUGAAAAGGCUAGCCAGUGGAGAUCUGAACCAGUCUCAAGAUGAAAAUGAAAAACAAAAAGCAUGCCAGGACCUUCUGAAUUUGAGCUUGUGCAUAUACACUUCAAAAGCAGGAAAUAAAGGGCUGCGUCUUUAUCUCUCUCCAAUAAAAAGAUGGCACCAAGAAGAAAGGAUAUUCAUAUUCAAGGCUUAACAAAUUCUUCUAAAGGUUUAAUAUGAGACUAAGUCAUGAUGAUUAUAUAUGUAUAUUUUUUGUUUUUAAAUUUUUUGAUGAGUGUUAUGUAAUUUCCUUUUCUACUCUCCAUAAUAUGUAACAUGUAUGCUUCUUUGUUCUGUUAAAAGAAAAGGUCUUGAUGAGUCAGCUCA